AUGCCUGCGCUGAUCGGAGAGUAUCUGGUAUCUUUCAAACCCGCAGUGGGUGCGCUUUCGUCCCCAGAUGCGUUCGUUUCCAAUGGUCUCCAACGUAUUCCCCUUGCAGGUUGUGCCGAGCUGGAGCCGGGAGACGUUAUUGGAGUGUCUGCCGCGCCUCUGCUACGAGUACCGGUGGGAACCCUGAAGGCGGCACCAACUCCGAUUCCUACCGGCCCCACAACCUCUACAUCACCACCUCGGGUCAACGUCGUUGGCCUCAAGUCCGGGACUCACCGCUCUACGGACCCAGCCUCCGCCCCACCUCCCCUGAAGCCGCUUCCACAAGAACUACUUGACCGCUUUUCUGAGGCACAGCGCUCCAGCUUCAUGCGCUUGUGGGCCAGGCUGCCCGCACAUAUGCACGAUAUCGCUUUCGAUCUAUACAAUCCGGGAUGGACGCCGGAGGCUCUUGAUCGUUUGGCCGACGCACUUGUGGAGUAUUCUGACGUGUUCUCUACUUCGAAAACCGAUUUUGGUUCCUGCACAAUCAUGCCGUUCACUCUUUCUGUCCCCGUGGCAUCAAGCCCGCAUCGUAUCAACCCGUUGAUGCAAAAGAAAGUGGAUGCCAUUUUGGACCAGCUUCUCCUUUGGUCGUCAUCCCCAAGAAGGAGGGAUCGGUUCGCAUCAUCNUUGGACCAGUAUUUGGCGGCAGGGCUUCUUCAGCAUUCCACGUCUUCGUUGGGUUCUCCUUUGGUCGUCAUCCCCAAGAAGGACGGAUCGGUUCGCAUCAUCGUCAAAUACAAGCGUCUCAACGCCCUGGUGGAUUUGGAUGGACAACCUCUCCCUCGAGUGGACGGUAUCUUGGAUUCUCUGUACACCGGGAAAGUGUUCUCCAUCUUCGACCUCAACUCGGCUUUCCAACAGAUUGUUUGCGAUGAAGACGCUGUCCCGCUCACCGCCUUUUGCACUCCCACGCAGUUGUUCGAAUGGCUUCGAAUGCCGCAGGGAGCCAACGCAAGUCCGUCUUGGAUCGUCAAGGUCAUCAGCAGAGUGGUGCACGCUCUGGAGCGUGUGCUUGCGUUUCUGCACGAUGUCAUCUGUUUCGAUGAGGAACCUCUGGGACACGUGGUCAACCUGAUAGGGUUCUUCAAACGGCUGCGACAGGCGCUAACGCAGAUGCCGCCGACGACGAAUGUUAAGCAGCUUCGGAGCCUUCUCGGUGGACUCAGUUACUACCGGAAAUUCCUCAAGAAUCUCGCCACCAAGGUGCGGCCUCUCGACUCUCUUCUCAAACAGGACGUUCCCUUCAAGUACACCCCGGGCAUGGUCAAGGUUGUCAAAACGUUGUUGAGCGAACUCGCUCGUCCCCNGUUCGAAUGGCUUCGAAUGCCGCAGGGAGCCAACGCAAGUCCGUCUUGGAUCGUCAAGGUCAUCAGCAGAGUGGUGCACGCUCUGGAGCGUGUGCUUGCGUUUCUGCACGAUGUCAUCUGUUUCGAUGAGGAACCUCUGGGACACGUGCUCAACCUGAUAGGGUUCUUCAAACGGCUGCGACAGGCGCUAACGCAGAUGCCGCCGACGACGAAUGUUAAGCAGCUUCGGAGCCUUCUCGGUGGACUCAGUUACUACCGGAAAUUCCUCAAGAAUCUCGCCACCAAGGUGCGGCCUCUCGACUCUCUUCUCAAACAGGACGUUCCCUUCAAGUACACCCCGGGCAUGGUCAAGGCAGCAAUCGAGGACAACAGCCGUCCUCUCCGUUUGUGUUCCGACGCGUGUACCGACGGCUUUGGCGCCUCCUUGGAACAAGAACAACUCGAUGGCUCGGUGAGACCCCUUGAGUACACCAGCCGCGCUACUCUCCCUGCCGAGCGUAACUGGACCGUUCUAGAUCUGGAGGCCGGUGGCAUUGUUUGGGCCAUCAAACGCCUUCGCGGUUAUCUGUGGUCGACCAAGUUCAUCAUCUAUUCGGACAACAAAGCCUUGGAGAGCAUUGGCAAGGUUGGGGAACAAAACGCUAGGGUGCAACGAUGGCUCGAAUUCCUAUCCAACUUCACCUACACCCUAAAAUAUCGGGAAGGUUCCGCAAACGGCAAAGCGGAUUUUCUUCUGCCUUUACCUACCCGCAGAGCUUUCGCGUUAUGUUCUGCACUCGUUCGGAGAUAA